AGUCUAUGGUUCUCGCCCCUCCACACGGUUACAGCCUUUCCGCUGUGCGCUUCUCUAUGGUUUGGUGAGCCGCCUCAAGGUGACGCGACAAAGGCGACAGCAAGGCCGAGGGGCAAGGGAGGGCUGAGCUCGCGCAGGCGCAGGAGCGGCCGAGACACCGGAAACGAGUCGGGCGCAGGCGCAAGAACAGAAGCCGGGUUGCCUGAGAAGGGGGGAGGCUUCCCUCAGGACGAUGUCCCGCAAGCUGGGAGGGAAGGGCCGGCCGGGGAAGGCGGAGACCGAGCGGAAGCGGGACGAGCGAGCGGCGCGGAGGGCCCUGGCCCGGGAGCGGCGGAACCGGCCCCCUCGGGGCGAGGGCGAAGGCGGGCUGGCCGCCCAGCUCCAGCCACUCGGGCUGCGCCUCCGGGAGGUCCCAGGCGACGGGAACUGUUUGUUCCGAGCUCUGGGAGACCAGCUGGAAGGGCACUCCCGUGACCACUUGAAACACCGGCAGGAAACUGUGGACUACAUGAUCAAGCAACGGGAAGACUUUGAGCCUUUUGUAGAGGACGACGUCCCUUUCGAGAAGCACGUCGCCAAUUUGGCCCAGCCCGGGACUUUUGCCGGUAACGACGCCAUUGUUGCCUUUGCACGGAACAAUCAAGUCAACGUUGUCAUCCACCAGCUCAAUGCUCCUCUGUGGCAGAUUCGUGGCACAGACAAAAGCAACGCCCAGGAGCUCCAUAUUGCCUACCGAUACGGGGAGCACUACGACAGCGUCCGGAAGAUCAACGACAACUCGGAGGCCCCUGCCCGGCUGCAGACGCAGAUGCUGUGCAAAAAGGAGUUGAAUAAACAAGAGAAGAUCCCACUGAAGACGGAGGAGGAGGGCUCAGAAGAGGAAAUCCAAAACGAAAUUGAAGAUGCCAUCCAGAAAGUCCGGAACGCCACCGGCUGCCUGGAUUCUGGUUUGAUCGUCCAGGUCCUCGAAAUGGAAGGCUACAACCUCGAGUCUGCAAUUUUUGCCAUUCUUCAAAUGAAUGAGGUGAAAAGGCUGCAAGCCGAGGAAGCCCACCCGGCCCAGGCCAACAGGCAGAAGCUGCGGCCGAGGUCGGCCCUCUGGGAGGAGAACGGAAGCGGAGCCAGGAUUUUUGGGGGCCAAGAAAUAGAAAACAACAAGCCUCCAAUGACCCCCUCGGAAAGAAACCAAGGCGGCAAAAGGCAGCCGGCUUCAAAGAUUUCUAACAAGCAGAAGAAGGAGCAGCAGCGGCUAGAAAAGAAACGGCGUCAGGAGGACCGGCACCGGCAGAAAGUCUUGGCCGGCCAGAGCGACUCCUCAGACAAUAAUAAGACAGAACCAGGCGCCGAGUCGCAGGUCACCUUGGUGAAAAUGAAAAUUGCAGCUCUCAACAUCUGACUUCACCGCCUUUUGCCCUGGAAAGAGAAGAAAGGACCUCGGAAGGGAGGAGAGGGAACCACCGUCGGUGGCAAAGCCUCCCUCUUCAGAGCAGAGACCUCGGCUCCUCCUGCCGGCCUUUGUGAGCCCAGGUGUCCUCUUGAUUCUUGGGUGGCCAUCCAAGAGGUCCCCAGUCCCUGUGGUGGCCGCCGAGGUGGGGCUGGUGGUGGUCCCCAGUGCUGGAUGUGGGGGUUGAGUGGGGCCUGCGACCAGGCAGAAUCCCCCCUUCACCGCUACAAAGGACCUCACAUGACCUCCUUCGGCAUCUUUCAAAACUGCUGCCCGCUUUCUCAUGCUUUACAUGACGCCCCCCAGGAGCACCAGAUCUUUCUUUACUCAGGAAUAUGCGCCUGUAUUUCCUUUCCUUUUCUUUUCUUUUUUCUUUUUUUGCAAAUGACUGUAUGGAGGGAACGAGGGGGACGGGACCCUCUGUUGCCCAAGGUCUGUUCAAAGCGAAAUUGCCCACCAAAGUUUGUACUAAGCUGGCUGCGCUGUCCUCGUUUCUUUUGUCUUAACUGCAAUAGCAUUAAACUUGGGACUGUGCACUUUG